UUCAAUCGUACACAUUGUUUAGAAGCGUUACCACUCCAACCCAUCCUGCGCAGCGUGACGCGCUGAAGUACGUCUGCAGCCUCAUCUUCAUUCGGCUAGCAGGAAGUAUGUUGAAUAGGUGGGAAGAAAAAAGACCGAGAAGAACCAAAGUCGGUGGUUGAUCUAGGGAAAAAAAUCCAAAUGGCUAGUCAAUGAGCUUGUUAAUUUCGCGCGCUCAGAUAGGGUUUCGAUCACCCCACUCAUUAUCGUCUCGGAACGGAUUUGUAACAGGUUAGCUGUAGGGUUCAACUGGGGCAGAGGGGAAACUGCAUAAUGGUAUUCCAUUCAGACAAAAUGUAGGUCUGCUCCAAGUGACCAGUCACAGCCUGGACGCACACUCACUGCGCUGCUCUUGCGGGGUUGGAAUUGAAUGGCCAAGAGGAGAGAAUAUCUGUGAAUCAGUGCCCAAGCCGAGGAGGACAACGACGAGCCGGUCGAAGACGAGAGGGACUACGGACUAGCCCAGGACCUGUCCGACACGGGCUUCCGGACUCACCUGAACAACAGCGGGAUGAUGGGCCACGACCACGACGGCCAGAACGACAAGCAGAAAUCGCCCGGAUCCGAGGACGCCUGGGACCGCCCGUUCAAGUGUGACCUGUGUGACCGCACCUACAGACACCACGGUAGCCUCGUGAACCACAAGAAGUCUCAUCAAGAGGGUGCGUUUAAGUGCGCCAGUUGUUACAAGCAGUUCAAUAACUUAGCAGCCCUCAGCGCGCACGAGCGCACCCACUCCAAGUUCAAGCCCCCGGGCUUGUCUAUGAGCGGCGGACUCGCCGACAGCCAGUCAGAUAGCCGCGCCCCGCAGAGUGACGACAUGGCCUCCUGCUUCUGCCACCUCUGCCAGGUAGCCCUGCCCAACAAAAAUGACUUCCAAGAGCACAUUCUCUUGCAUAACGCUGCCUCCUCCUCUCUGGGGCUUACCCGGGGCUUCCCGGGCAUUGUGCCACAUAACCUGAGCACGGUCCGCUCCCCUGGCGUGCACCCAUACACCCCCACUCUCGGGGACCCCCUGCCGCUGCCCCCCUUGACCGACAAGCGCUACGACCAGAUGCUUGGCCCCCCAGUGAACAACCCCAUAUACACUUGUGCGUACUGCGGGGCCGGGCACCCUGACCUGGAGAGCCUGAAAGUUCACUACCUGACUCAUGACCCGCACCCCCCGCCGCACGCCCAAGAGGGCCCCUCGAUCCUGAACACUGACAGCCUGGGCUCCAACUCCCAGCCGUCGGUGUCGUCCCCCGGAGCAGGUGAGUCUCGGGGGGGCCAGCAGUCGUCCUCAGUGGACGACGGCGACCGUAGGUUUAAGUGCAAUGAGUGCGGCAAGAGCUACCGCCACGCCGGCAGCCUGGUGAACCACAAGCGCUGCCACCAGACGGGGCACUACCAGUGCACGAUCUGCUGCAAGCAGUACCCGCACCUGGCCGCCUUGCACAGUCACCUGCGCAGCCACAAGACCCGGCCCACCUCGCAGGGCCUCAACAACGAGGGCGACUGGCUGUCCCCUGAGCCCCUCACGCUGGACUCUCAGCAGGGCUUCGUCCACUCCCAGGACCAGGGCAGCGGCGCCACCACCCCCAUCUCCCUGCCGGGCAACCUGGGCGACGCCGCCCACUUCGUGCCUGACGGCGGCCACAGCAGCGGCCUGGACUCGCUGGAGUUCCACGACCGCUUCGACGGCUCGCUCUCCCAGGGUAACUCGGGCCACUCCCCGCUGCCCCAGAGCCACCGGCAGGCCGACCGGCACAUGUGCGCCGACUGCGGCGAAAUGUACUCCGACAUCUCGGGCAUCAAGUCCCACAUGUGCCCGCAGCGGCGCCAGCAGCAAGGCGGCAUGUCCAACGGCUACAUGGGCUACCACGGCCAGGGCGGCUCCAUGCCCAGCGGCAGCAUGAAGGACUCUGGCGGGCAGAGCCGAGGCCAGGACCAGAUGCAGUACAGCGGUGGCGGCGGUGGCCGAGGUGGCAGCGGGGGCGGAGGAGGAAGUGGCGGUCACUCACACGGAGGUGGUCACGGAGGUGGCGGAGGCGGCGGCAAGCGCAUGGACAACAAGGGCGGGGACGAUGACGACGACGGAGAGGUGUACCAGUGCUCGGUGUGCGGCAACCACUACGCCAGCCUGCGGGCGCUCCGCAGCCACCUGCGUAGCCACGGCAACGCGCAGGGUGGCAACCAGGGCGCCGGGCCCUCCGCCCUGUCCCCCACCAGCGAGCAGGAGUGGCGCCGGCGUCAGGAGGGCGGCGAGAGUGGCGGCCUGAUGAUCUGCAGCACCUGCGGACAGAGCUUCUCCCGCAAGCAGGACCUGGUCAACCACCAGCAGCUGGUGCACGGCAUCACGCGCCCCGACGGCGCAAGCAUGGGCGCCAGCAGCUCGUCCAGCAACGGCAAGAUGGACGGGCGCAACAGCCACAUCUGCGUCGACUGCGGCAUGAUGUUCGCCGACCGCCACCACCUGAUCACUCACUUGUGUCCGGGCAAGCCCAGGGGCAGUGGGGCACUGGGGAAAGGCAUGAAUGGGGCCAAGGGCAUGACAGGGGGCGCAGGCACCAGCAGUGGGCUGCCCGGUGACCACCGGUCGUUUGGCGACGGCGAGCGCCCGCACCGGUGCGACCAGUGCGGCAGGAGCUACCGACACCCUUGCUCUCUGCUUAACCAUAAGAAGUCGCAUAAGACUGGUGUCUUCCGAUGCCUGGUCUGCCAGAAACGCUACUACAACCUGCUGGCCCUCAAGAACCAUCAGAGGACCCACUUUGACCUUAAAAGUAGGCACAAGUGCGAGGAGUGCGGCAAGGCUUUCAAGAUCCAGAAGCAGCUGGUGAACCACCUGAGGCUCCACGAGGAACACCGCGCCAAGAACCAGGUCCGCCAAGGCAUGAAUCCCAACGGAGGCCGCUACGAGGGGGGCCCGUCCCAGAUGCAGCCCAUGAACCAGGGCCGCGUCCAGAACCCCGGGAAGUACCAGCACCACGGGCAGCAUGGUCAGCACAGCCAGCACGGCCAGCACAUGCACCAGCAGCACGGCCAGCACGGCCAGCACCAGGGCUUCAAGAAGCCCUACGAGGGCGGCCCGGGGACUUCGCGCCCGCCGAACCCCGACGACCCCGAGGGCCGGCGCCCGUUUGCCUGUGACCAGUGCGGCCGCACCUACCGCCACGCCGGCAGCCUGGCCAACCACAAGAACCUGCACAAGACGGGCGAGUACCACUGCAACGUGUGCAACUCCACCUACCCGAACCGCCUGGCCAUGAAGAACCACCUGCGCAUGCACUUCGCCAUGAAGAAGUUCACCUGCCCCGAGUGCGGCCGCGGCUUCCGCACGCAGCGUCAGCUGGAGACCCACACCUCCAACCAGCUGUGCAAGGACCUGCCAGGCCCCAGCGGCCAGGGCCCCGUGGCCGACUACGAGUGCGACGGCUGUGGCGAAGGCUUCGCCACGGCCACUGACCUGGCCUCGCACGACUGCCACGCCUCCCAGAUGCCCUCGUCCUCCGCCUCCCUCAACAGCUCCAGCCUGAGCAUGGAGACGGGCGAGCUGGGCUCCCCGGAGCGCGACGAGCGCCCCUUCGCCUGCGACCUGUGCGGCUGCUCCUACAAGCACGCCAGCAGCCUGCUCAACCACAAGAACACGCACAAGACGGGCAACUUCAGCUGCUCCUUCUGCGACAAGCCCUACACCAACUACAUGGCCCUGCGCAACCACAUGCGCAUCCACACCCAGAAGAAGCGGCACAUCUGCAACACGUGCGGCAAAGCCUUCCGCCUGGCCCGCUUCCUCCGCAACCACCAGAGGGUCCAUGAGGAGGGCCACACUCGCUUCGGCUGCCCCAGCUGCGGGAAGAGCUUCCAGGGGAGGUCGGGCCUGGCCCGCCACCGCUGCGGGGACAACCAGGUAGGCAAGGAGGGCAGGAGGAAGGCCGCAUCAAGCGCGCGAGAGGGAGAAGAGUGCCGGUUCACAUGUGAACAGUGCGGCCGCUCCUACCGUCAUGCCAGCUCCCUCCUCAACCACAAGAACACCCACACCGUCGGCAUCUACCACUGCGCCGUGUGCCUCAAGACCUACUCCAACCUGCUGGCGCUCAAAAACCACCGGCGCAUCCACUCCGAGACGCGGCGCCACCGCUGCCCCGAGUGUGGCAAGGCCUUCCGCGUCUCCUCCCAGCUGCAGAACCACCGCCGCGUCCACCUGAAGGAGCGUGAGCUGGCCUGCACCCUGUGCCAGCGUAGCUUCCCCAGUCAGGCCAGCUUCCGCCUCCACCAGGAGAUGCAGCACGGCAUCGCCCGCAAGCAGCCCCAGCAGCAGCACCACCACCACCACCACCACCACUCCCACUCCUCCGGCGGCAGCGGCGGGGGGGGGAUGUCUCAUGGUGGUGGUGGCGGAGGAGGAGAUUUGGGCUGGGGCUCUGGGCUUGACCUGACUCUCAUGCAGGCCCAGGGCCUGGACCCCAACGGGCUGCCCAAGCUGACGCCUUCCCUGCACGGCCCCGGGGGUAGCGGCUCGUCCCGCGGCCGUGACGGGGAUGCGUCGGGCUCGGGGUCCUCGUUGCGCAAGGCGCACGUGUGCGACCAGUGCGGCCGCGGCUACCGGCACGCCAGCUCGCUGCUCAACCACAAGAACAGCCACAAGACGGGCACCUACUUCUGCAACUCGUGCCAGAAGGAGUUUUCCAACCUCAUGGCCCUCAAAAACCACCGCCGCAUCCACACGGAGCCCAAGCGCUACCAGUGCCCCGACUGCGGCAAGUCCUUCCGCGUCUCCACCCAGCUCAUCUGCCAUCGCCGCAUCCACACCAAGGAGAAGCCAUUCUCGUGCCAGCAGUGUGAUAAGCGCUUCUCCAGCAAGUCCAACCUGCGCCACCACCAGAAGGUCCACUGGAGCAGCCCGGCGCCCACGGCCAACACCAACACCACCAGUUUGGGCAGCAUGGGCGCCGCCAACUACCUGGGUAUGCCCGCGGGCCCCUUUAUAUAACCCAAACACACACACACACACACACCAAUACACACACACACAGAGUGUCUGGUGUCCGGCUGAGAGUGUGUGUGUGUGUGUGUCCAUUGAGGGUUGGGGGAGGAAAGAGUGGGAGAUUGGAGGAUUGUGUGUGUUUUUGUUUGUUUUGUUUUCUAUCGGGGUGGCUUUGGAUUUAGACAUGCCAAGAGUUUAGCUCUGUGUUUAUUUUUAUUCCCCCCCACCUGUGUUUGUAUUAUUAUUAUUAUUAUUAUUAUUAUUCUUUUUUUUUUUUCUGGGGAAGUGCCAAAAGUGCCCCUCUGCCCCCCUCCUCCUGCCACCUCUCCACCUCUCCACCCUCCUCAUCCACCACUCAUCUUUGGUAGCAUCUAGCCUCCGCCCCAUUACUGUCAGACUCUCGCAGAGCAGGGCAUGCUGGGUAGGCUCACAGGGCCCCGACAUGCUCGACACCCAGGAGUCACCAUGGACUGUGUGUGAAUGUGAGCAUGCGUGCGUGCGUGUGUGUGGGUGGCUGUGGUCUCGGGUGGGGCGAGGUGUGGGUUAUCAAGGCCCUUUAGGACUGGUGGUUUAAAUGAACUCAGGUUGGACCUGCAUGCGCCCUCCCCCACACAAAAUAAGAUAACCUCAUCCCGUCACCGUGGCGACCGACCUUACCUCUGCAUUCCCAUGAUGCUCUGCCCGAUGGCCUUCUGGUUGUGGGUGGCCGCCUCCCCUGGAUAAAAUCCCCCCCCCUCACUUUGUUUGUUUUGGUUUUGUAGGGCAAGCUUUAGACUGUUGUUUGGAGCCCUUAACAUGAACUGGGUUGUAAAACUGCACAAGCUAAAGCAGCCGUUAUGGAGGAGGACUCUCGGUUGCGUGUUAUGCGACGCGACAUGGCCAGCAGCUGGUCUAUGAGACCCUGACUGACUUGUCAGCAAAGGGACAAUGCCCUUAAGUAAAUGCCGAUGCCUUUGUGAUGUUGGUGGUGAAGGAAGGAGUGGGGUCACUGUAGCUUCUCCCAAGUCAAUCAAUGAACUACCAUGGAGUCAAAAACAAAACGCGUCCCAAUCAGAUUAGGUGUACAAAAUAUUUACGUUUGUAAAAUGUUUUUGUCAUCACAUUUCAUCCCACACUCUGUCCAAUUUCUCCUAGACGAAGCCUUGUGCAUUAUGCGUUUCUUAUACGUACAUAUAUAAAUAUAUAAAUAUCUAUAUUACGAAGAAAUCAUGGUAAUAACUAACAACUUCCAAACAAAAUCUUGUAGGCACUAGUAAUAAUGUUUGACAUUGUAUAGUGUUUCUUUUUUAAACUGAAUGCUGUGGACAGAGGUGUCGUAUUCUCUGUUGUGUAGAACUGUACUGAGGGUGGGGUGUGUUUCUUUUAAGUUUUUUUUUUUUUUUUUUUCUUUUUGUAAUCCCUUUUGAUGUUCUAAUUUUUUCUAACUUGUGUGUUUCUUGCAGCACGAAGAUGAGCUUCAAACCGUAUAAUUCUGCAGAUGACAGCAUUGCGCUUAUUGGGUUCACCGUGUACCUCCCCUAUUAUUUCAAUAUGUUGCUCUGAACCCAUACUUCUAAAACCUGCGCCAAACUAGUUAGUGUAUAGAAAGGAUAGGUUGUGCUACAAAAAAAAUAGGAAAAAAAAAGACAAAGGAAAAAAAAAAGAAAAUGUAUAUUGAUAGGCCUGUGCCAGCAUUUGGUUUUACCUUGUAUUGUAUCGUACUUCUCACUGUAUUAUUUGCAGGAAGACUUUUAUAUAAAAAAAGAUCACUGUAGUACGCGUUUUAUUUAUAUUAACACUUUUAACUGAAAAGAGAAAAAAAAAACGCUAGUUUUAGAACCUCCCAUGUUAGGAGCUGUGUCGUAGCAGAUCCUAUUCCCCAACCCUCUUCCCUCAUCUUAGCUCGCUUCCUGUGACAUGCAUUCUUCGUAUACACGUGACUACGGAGCCGGAGGUGACGGACUCCUAAUGAACACUCGUUACAGUGACUGUGCCCUCCAUCCUCUAAACUCUUUGUUAUGCUUUUAAAGAAGAAGACGAAAAAAAAAAAAAUGUUGUCUGUCCCUUGUACAAUAAAUCGGGGGAGCGUUAUAAUGUGUGUUUUUUGAUUGCAGUACGAUGAGUAUUAAACGGAUCACUGUAAUGUU